CUACAACAUAAUUGGAAAUCAGAAAAAAAAUUACAAAAAAGUCCAGGUUUAUUUAUUCUGACAAUAAGCGAGCCGGAUCCAGUCUAUAAUCAGGGAUUUACUUUUUUUGUUAAUAUAGAUUCAUAUGAAUUGCAUAAAAUCAAAUUAUUGAAUAAAAUAUUCAAUACUAGGACUGAAUCAAAAAAUCAAUCUUUGUUGGCUCUUUCGCCUAUUUUUUUUUCGUUAUAAGGAGAAUAACUCUUUUUUUCAGCGAACGGGCCAAAACUGCGUAUGGAUUGAAGCAGUGAAUCUAUAUAGAUAUAGAUUCAUUCACAAUAUGAUUCAAAUGCAAUCUAGUACCUAUGUGUACAUAAGAAAUCUAUUAAAUAAAUUUGUUUUCAUAAAUAUAUCCAAUCACAAUUUCAAAUAUCGAAUUAGGAGAAUUCAAGGGGAUCAAAAAGAAACGGGUCUUCUCAAUCAUCUAACUCAUAUGACAUAUAAAAUAAAACAGGGUCAUCCAUAUAGAUCCAAAUGGUCAAAUGGGGCAAAGAGUUUACAAGAAAAUUCAAAACAUUUUCUUUAUGAGCAGAAAAGACUUUUUGAAAUGUAUGUUCAAGUCCGAAAGGGCCAUUUGCAAAUGAUGUUUGAGAAAGUUUAUAAAUUAUGUAUUUAUGUUAUUGAUAAAAUAACUGAGAAAUGGAUUUAUUGGUCUAAGGUUCGCAGGGAAGUAGAAAUCAAAGUAAAAAAAAAUGUGUAUAAGUUAGUUCCUUUAGUUUUUACCAAGUUGUCCAAAUCAGUACGUUUCUUCUUUUUUCCCCAGUCACUUCGUUUUUUUUUUUACGAAGGGAUUUCACUGUAUGAUCAAGUUGCUUUUCUUUUUGUCUAAUUCACUUGGUUUUUCCUGUGUAAGUUUUGGUACUAGUCCUGUUCAGAGGUCCGAAAUCUAUAUCUAUCAAUUACAAGGACCGAACGGUCAACUUUGUAAUCAGUUGUUGGAAUCAAUAGGGUUUAAAAUGAUUUAUUUAAAAAAAUUAAACCCCUUUUUGUUGGAAGAGUCUGGUACGUCGAACUUUGUUAUCAAUGAAACAAAAAGAUCACCCUUUUUGUUUCAUAAUAUAGCAAAAGAGAGGAUUGAUGCAUUGCUUACUAGACCAAAAUAUUUUGAUGAAAAGGCUAAUGGGUUUCAUCCCAUGAACCUAUUUGAAAGAAGUUCACUUAUAUCCGCUUUUUAUAAAGCAAAUAGACUUCGCUUCUUUAAUAUUCGCCCUAACUCUAACUUUUGGUUAGAUUGUAAGAGAAGAUUUCCAUUUUCUGUGGAAAGGACUCGGAAUACUAAUUCGUAUUUUCUCUAUGAGC